CCUCCCAGAAGAGGGAGGACACUUGUUGCCAUGGUGACUGUGGAGAGCUACACGGAAUGUAUUACCCAACUGCUGAGGGGAAACUGAGGCAUGGCCCGAGUUCAACUGAGGAACAGGCUCACCGGAUGCCAGGCCAGAUCACCUGGGAGAGAAGCCAAAGCCAGGGACACUGCACUGACUGGAACUGACUCUGCCAUGGCUGCGUAGAGCCAUUUCUUGCAGCUGGCUCCGAGUUGAUGAGAGUCCAGCACCCACCGCUGCCUCCCUGAAAGGAGAGAUGCGGAAGGGAGCAGAAGCAGAUCCUCCUGGACAGCCUCUUAACAGCUCCAUAGACUUGAAGGGUUCAGGAGAACGAGAUCAUCCAGCUAAUUCCAGCUCCAGGAAACCUGCAGUAUGGGAUCGUCCAGCUGCCCUCAGAGCCAUAAUCGUGGUUACAAUGGUCGUCAUCAUCGCUCUAGUAGCAGCUUUGAUAGUGGUAACAUCUAAGCAGCCUCCUCCAUGCCCCCCUGCUGCCCCCUGGUGCCCGGAUGGCUGGAUCCGGAUCCAAGGGAAAUGUUACUAUUUUUCUAAGGCUGAAGAGAACUGGACCUACAGCCAGAACUUCUGCUCUUCACACGCUGCCUCCCUGGCCGGGAUUGAGAGUCCGCAGGAGCUGGGUUCCCUGCUGCCAUACGAAGGCAGACUGGACCACUGGAUCGGCCUCCGGAAGGACAUGGGCCAGGUCUGGAAAUGGGCCGAUGGGACCGAAUUUGACCAUCGGUUUGAAAUACACGGAGGCGCAGACUGCGCGCAGCUGGACGAAGAUUUCACUGUUGUCACAUCAAGCUGCAGCACACCAAGAAAAUGGAUCUGCAGUAAACCUGAUACCCCUGGGAAGGGAGAGGAGGGAGCAGUGGGAGGGGAUUCGUGAACAAGGGAAUUGGAGAGCAGCUGUGACAAAGCCUGGUUCUAGUCCCCUCCAUGCUGAAGCCUGGUUCCUUGUUUCUUAGUCAGUCUCUCUCCAGGAUUUUAUCCAGUCCUAGUCAUCAAUUACCCUAAUGCUGCCAUUUGUGACCCUUCUCUCGGGGAGACUGGUGCAGUUUCAGGGUAACUGGGUCUCUGUCCCACCUCCAUCAGGUCAGGUCUCGAGUCUCCAGCCCAAACCCCGGUGCCCUUUACCUUGGGGUUCUGCCCCCAGCAGUAUCCCCACACUCUGAUCUCCCCUCCCAGGGGAACCCCCAACCCUUUGACCCACCUUGCCUCAGUGGCUACUGCCAGUCAUCACCGAGCCCCCCGUCACUGGGGCAGACGCAGUCUGUAAUGGCCAAUUAUUGGCAAGGGGGUAGGUCCAGCUGCCUCUGCCUAUUCCCAGGCUGCACCUCUGUGGCCCCAGUACCUCUCUUCAGCCUUUAACAAGGCCUCAGGCUGGCGCUCCCCAGCUCCUGUCGCCUCUGCUCUGCUCACUCCAGUACUAGAGUGAGACUGACUUAGCUCCUGGCUCACAGUCCUUGUAUAGGGCAAGCUGUGGCCUGAUGGGGCCUGGCCCCAGCUGUGGCUGCUUCCCCAGUCAGUGUAGCUUUUUCCACCAGAGCGGGAUAACAGCCCUGCUACAGGCAGUGGUUCCCAAACAUUAACAACCUGUGAACCCUUUUCAUGAAAAUGAUCAAAUCACGCGAACCCCCUCUAAA